AUUGGUACAAAUCGUAGAAUUUUUACAAACACAGAAUGUUGACAUUAGAAGAUUCAGAAUGUAAGGAUUUUUCAAAAGCCACAAUGCAAAAUAAAGAAAGCAAUGAAAGAAGAAAUGAUGGAGAAAAUUAUGAAAAAGAGAAAUAUCCAAUAGCAAAUGGAGAAAUAUUAAGAACAGCACUUCUUUCCACAGAAGAUGUUGAUGACAUUGAAUCUCAGGAAGAUGAUAUAUCCUCUGACCUUUUAUCAAUUGAAAAUGAUUCUGAAAUUACAAGUGAAUCAACUGUCAGUGACUGGGAUGAUUUAAGACCCGACUCACCUUUAUCGUAUGUUACUUCUGUACCUAAUAAUAAAGAUUUUAUAAUAAUAACGCAGCUAGAAUCAGAUAAUGCAUUAAUAACAAAGAAAUUAAAUAAUGAACGCUCUUUAGCUAGUAAGAAAUCUAAAUCUCGACAUCGUUCUAAACGACACAAUAAAAUGCUAUUAUUAAGAAAAUUAAUACCCAAGCAUGAACCAAUAGUUGAAAUAAAAGAGGAGGAGCAUUCGAUUAUUUCAACUGAUAUAGAUGAACGUGUGCCAACAAUGGAAGAAAUAGAUUAUGAAGAAUCUUCUAUGGAUCAACAAAAUAUUUUAGAUUCCAAAGAUAAUACUGGCUGGUUACAAAGCUUUAGACCUUUACCAUUAUAUUAUACAGAAAGAGGUAAACCAUACUUAAAAUGCCCAGCAUGUGGUGCAAUGUUUUUCACUUCAAAUUCAUUCCAAAAGCACUUGUACUCUCAUAUGUACAAGGAAAAUGAUACAUUUAUAUGUUCCUUUUGUAAUUAUACCAAUACUGAGCCUGGUAUGUUAUUCACUCAUUUAUCUAAACAUCAAGACCAAUGUGAAUUUUGUAACGAAAAUUUAAUGCGUAAGAAUAAUUUUGAGAAGCAUUGGGACAUAAGAGCAUCAAACUUCACUAUGAAAAGAGAUCAUCGAGGAAGAUUUGUAUGUACUCUUUGCAAAUUAGUAUUCGAUUUAUUACCACAGUUAGAAAAGCAUUGGUUUAAACAUGCAUGUAAAAGAGAAAGAACUUAUCAAUGUAAAGAAUGUAGUGGAUUGUAUGAGAGCAGAGAAACCCUAAAUAAUCAUAAAUGUAUGAAGUGUCCUGUUUGUGGUAAGGUUUAUGACAGUUUACACAGAUUAAAAGCACAUACAAUGUGGACAAAACAUAACUUAAAGUGUCCAAUUUGUUCUUAUGAAUUUAUUCUUGCUAUGGAUCAUGAAAAGCAUUUGGCAUUGCAUAGACAGACAUAUAGCUCUAUGAAAGAUUAUGAAUAUUGCUUGCAAGCUGCAGAUGGCAAGACAUUUCAGUGCAAUCUUUGUGACAAAAUAUUUUAUGCCUUACCUUCUUUAGUUUUGCAUCUUCAGGAAGAUCAUGACAUUGAAAAUGUCAAGAAGGAAGUAUUAAAAGACGACUGCAAUGGAGAACAAAAAGAAGAAUCUGUCAGUGAAGUAAUACUUCGUGAAUUAAAAAAUCAAUCUGCAAAUUAUACUAGCGGAAACAAUAACCUAACCUUAACAAACAAUAAAAUCGAAUUGCAAAAUGCGAUAUAA